AUGCCGAGUCCACCAGUGACUUCGAUAGUUGUACCAGUAACAUACGAUGACAUGUCUGACGCAAGGAACAAUACUGCGUUGGCAAUUUCUUCUGGCUCGCCAAGUCUACGUUGUGGAACCAUAGAAAUCAUCGCCUCCAGAACCUUUGGUGGCAUCGCUUCUGUCAUUGGAAUGACACUCACUGAAUCUUCUCAAAAGCUGCAGAAACGGCGGUCGACAAGAAUUUCUCAACUACCAACUAAAAAACUAGAUACAAAGAAACCGGUCCGUCAAGUCAAGCCGAAACUAAGUAGAGCUCCACAACAUCACGAAAUUUCUGAUUCAUCUUCUUCUGAAGAUGAGGAGGAAGAGUAUCAGAUGUCAAGCAAGGAUGAAGAGGCCGACGAAAAGAUGGACGCAGAAGAGUUCUCCGAAGAAAUCGGUGAAGAUUUUUCAGACAGCGAGCCAGGAGUUUCAAUGACGACAAGAAGUAACUCGAUUGGUAGUAAUAAAGAAAACAACAGGAGACGUACAAGAAGCCAAGUUUUGGUGAAACAUGGAGCAAAUGAAACUCCUUCAAAAAGGCUCGCUGAAGAGUUCAGUAAAACAUCUUUAGCAACUCCAUCGAAAAGGAAACUAUCGAAACAGUCUCAACUAACACCAAAACAACAGAAAAAUACAACUCCACGGAAGAAUAUCCAAUAUUCGAAUAUAAGAAUAAAUGGCAAAGUUUUUCCUGAUUCAAAAGAUUCAAGCGAUGAGUCGGACGCAGAGUACUCUCACGCUCCUAGCAAAACUCUACGCACUCCAAGGGAACGACUAACUGUGAAGAUACCAAAACACCUUGUCGUCAAACAGAAAAUUACUCCGGUGAUUAUAAGCAAAACUCCAGGUGGAACACUUCGUACCAGACGACGUGCCAGACAAAACAGUGAAGAAUUUAAUGAAAUUAUUGAUCCACUGGAUUCAAAGUCAGCUACCACUUUGAAAGAGUUAGCUAGUCGCUUGCAUCUUUCCAAAGUUCCUGAGAAACUACCAUGCAGAGAGAACGAGUCUCGGCACAUUGAGAAUUUUAUUCGAGAAGUGAUUGACAAAAAAAGAGGCGAAAGUUCUGCAAUGUACAUCAGCGGAGUUCCCGGUACCGGAAAAACCGCGACUGUCAGAGCGGUAGUGAAUUCAAUGAAGAAAAACAAUAAAUACCCGAAGUUUGUGUAUGUAGAAGUGAAUGCAAUGAUCUUCAAAAAGACUGUCUUUGUUGAAGUUUACAACGGAAUCCAAGAAGAGUUCGACAUUUCUAAGAAAACGCAGCGGUCUAAAAUUUCUGCAAGUUUUGCACGUCAAAAACUUAAUGCGAUAUUCAAGGAGGAGGACUCAAAGCGACCACCAAUCGUUGUAUUAAUUGAUGAACUUGAUAGUCUAUGCAAUCGCAAACAAGAUGUUCUCUACGAUAUUUUCGAAUGGACGGCCCUUCCACAAUCAAGAGUAACUAUCAUUGGAAUCGCUAACACAUUGGACUUUCCCGAGCGUAUGCUCUGCCAAAGGAAUGCUAGUCGUCUUGAUAAGCGUCGACUUGUUUUUCAGCCUUAUCAACAUGGACAAAUUCAACAAAUUGUCCGUUCACGUUUACAAGGAUCUAAUUUGAUUGAACCGAAUGCUGUCGAACUUGUUGCAAAGAAAAUUGCCGCAAAUACUGGAGAUUUGAGACAAGCUCUCGAUUUCCUGUGUCGUGCCAUCGGAAUCGCUGUUGAGAAGAAAUCGCAAAAACUAGAAAUGAGCCAUGUCUUGGCAGCUCAAAAUGCUGUUCUGGAAUCUCUAAAGUAUCGUCUCGUGAAGGGUCUUAGAAUUCACCAGUUCACUAUGUUCCGUGCUAUCGAGAGCUUGACUCGAGAAAACGAAGAGACCAUCUUCGCUGACAUUUACAAAAACUACUGUAUUAUCUGCUCCGAGGUAUCAGGACUCAAGCCAGCAUCUGAUAAUUUCGCGUAUGGAAUGCUUCUGCAACUGGCAAGUACUUCUCUAGUUGUAUUGACAAAAGGCGAUCAUGGAACAAUGAAUCGACGAGUAAAACUCGGAAUGACAACUAUGGAAGCUGAGAAAGCAAUUAAAGCAGCGACCGAACAAAACAAAUCAUAUUAUUCACUUUAG